AUGGCAAGGAUCUCUUUGUUGUUAUCUUUAGCCUUCUCUCUCGCUCUUGGCUCAAUGUUCAUUUCCGUUGAUAGUUAUGAACCUCCGUCACCAUUAUUUCCAAAAACCGUAUCCGAACUCCAGACCUUACCCUUUGCCAAAAUCACUGAGAUCAUAAACUAUAAAGAAAAGUUUGCCCCAAAAACCGCCAAAAUUAAGGCAAUGUUCACAGUGUGCAAAGGCUAUGUCAAGUACCUUGAGAGCCUCUACAAAUUUGGGAAGCCCAUCGUAGAUGUUUCUGGAAUUGCCAAGACCAAAUAUGCCCUAACAACCAAAGCUAUUCUUUCAGUGGAAGCUAGUAUUAGCGGUAAAGUCGAUAAGAAAACUUCCUUGAAGCUAAAGGAAAGCUGUGUUGGUGUUAUAAAAGGGCUUCGUCAUAUUCAAAAUGUAAUCUCAAAGAUCUCAGCCAAACAUAAUUACAAGGCUGAUGCUAGCAUCAGCUUACGUGAAUCGAAUAAGAUUGGUGCUGUUAUACUAUAUUUCAGGAAUUCGAUCACUGAUUUCAUGGAUCUAGUUAACGAUUUUGAGGAACAGAAGCUGAAGAAAGUUGCUCAACAUGCAAGAGCACUUGAAGAAGGAAGAGAAUUAACCGAAGAAAAAGCAGGGAACAACACCAAUGAAAAAGUCAACGGUUCGGACCAAAGUAAGUAUGAAAAGUAUUUCCAGUACUUUGGUUCUUUCGUAGAAGGUAAGCAACACGGAAGAGAGUUAACCGAAGAACAAACCGGUGGAAAAAUCAACAACUUGUAUGAGAAAUUUGCUAAAUAUAUGCCUUACCUCAGAGGUAAAGAUAAUGGAAGAAAACUACGAGAAGAUCAAGCAGGAGUCAAUAACGGAGCUCAGAGCAGUGGAGAAUUUAAAGGUUUAUUUAAAGAUUUCUUCAAUUUCAAUAGUGGUGAAAAAGUUCAAAUGGAUGCUGCUGGGAAGAUGAAAGUCUCCGGAGAAGAUGAAUUCAGGUCAAUGAACCGGGCACAUCAUAAACUAUUUGUUUCGAAUGAGGCAUUAUAG